UAAAGUGACGGUUACCCCCCUGUCUCCCGCAGUAUAAAACCCUUCACUCUCAGCACUUGGAACCAAAUCUCUGCAAAGCCUGGCCGUGAGGAGCAAACAAGAGAGAAACUGAGAGAGAGAGAGAGAGAAAAAAAAGUGCAUUCCUUGUAAUUUGUGUGUCUCUAUUCCUCAGGCAGCCUCAGCUAAAUAGAUUUUCUGUUUAUUUUAAACAAAAUAAAGGACAUCAUUCCAGGUUAGUGUGGAAAGAAGAAAGAAGAAUUAUUGAAAACAUCACUCUCCAAAGCCCCACUCUGGAGACUUGAAGGGAUAACAUAGACUGACAAUCUGGGUGCAGUGCUGAGGUGCCAGCUGUUGGACGAGACAUUCAACUGCGGUCCCAAAGAGCCACUCAGAGCUUUCCCAGGCCCAGGUCCUGGCCCAGGAUGAAGAACUUGGAAGGUCACCAUGAAGCUUUGGCAGCACGACCCAUCACCCUUGCCACCCCUGCUCCAGUGGGCAAUGCCACAGAGCCUAUUACCAGCCAGACUGGGGGAAAGGAUGACGGCUUUUCCAAGGUGAAGGAAAAGUUCAUGAACGAGCUGAACAAAAUUCCACUGCCACCCUGGGCGUUGAUAGCGAUCGCAAUCGUCGCCGUCGUUCUGAUUCUGACCUGCUGCUUCUGUGUCUGUAAGAAAUGUCUGUUGAAGAAAAAGAACAAGAAGAAGGGGAAAGAAAAGGGAGGAAAGAACGCUAUGAACAUGAAAGAUGUGAAGGAGCUGGGGAAGUCAGUGAAAGAACAGGCUCUGAAGGAUGAUGAUGAAGAUGUUGAGACAGGCCUCACUGCAGAAGGGAAGGAAGAAGAAAAGGAAGAGGAGAAACUUGGGAAGCUGCAGUUUUCUUUGGAUUAUGACUUCCAGAACAAUCAGCUCAUCGUGGGCGUUAUUCAAGCUGCUGAGCUCCCAGCUCUCGACAUGGGAGGAACAUCUGACCCGUAUGUGAAAGUAUUCUUACUGCCCGACAAGAAGAAAAAGUAUGAAACCAAAGUUCACCGAAAGACGCUGAAUCCAGUUUUCAAUGAGUCCUUCAUCUUCAAGAUUCCGUACUCCGAGCUGGGAGGGAAAACCCUGGUGAUGGCUGUGUAUGACUUUGAUCGAUUCUCCAAACAUGAUGUCAUUGGAGAGGUGAAAGUACCAAUGAACACUGUGGAUUUUGGCCAUGUAACAGAGGAGUGGAGGGACCUGCAAGGAGCCGAGAAAGAGGAGCAGGAGAAGUUGGGCGACAUUUGCUUCUCUCUUCGGUAUGUCCCAACAGCUGGAAAAUUAACAGUCGUCAUUCUGGAAGCAAAGAACCUGAAAAAAAUGGAUGUGGGAGGUUUAUCAGAUCCCUAUGUGAAGAUUCAUCUGAUGCAGAAUGGUAAAAGGCUGAAGAAAAAGAAGACCACAAUCAAGAAAAAUACCCUUAAUCCAUACUACAAUGAGUCAUUCAGCUUUGAAGUCCCAUUUGAGCAAAUACAGAAGGUGCAGGUUGUUGUCACUGUCCUGGACUACGACAAGAUUGGGAAGAAUGAUGCCAUCGGGAAGGUCUUUGUGGGCUAUAACAGCACGGCUGCAGAGCUUCGCCAUUGGUCAGACAUGCUGGCCAAUCCAAGACGUCCCAUAGCGCAAUGGCACACUCUGCAGGCUGAAGAAGAAGUGGAUGUUGCCCUUGGCCUAAAGAAAUGAAAAGCCUUUCAGUGUUCCUCCAUUUCAUACUCGGCAUCAAGUGUGUGUAAAUAUUGUACCUCAGCCUCCUGACCCUAGACGGGACAAAACCUGUAAAACCAGUAAGCCUUGGAAGUGGAAAAUCUGGUUCCCCAUUCUGAAUAUACAAAACAAGGCAGACCAGUAUGUUUUCACUGACUAGUUUUACUGGUUUUUCCCUUUCCAGCCACUUCCAGUGGUAAUCUCCCAUCCCACUCAGUCCCUGUCCCACUCCACUGCGCCAUUGUUUAAAUAUAAUCUGGUUAAAGAACAAAUAUUCCGUCAAAUAUUCCAUCCCUGUCCAAACUUAUCAUCCUUUUAAGCAAUAUGAUCUGUGUAGAUAGGGCAUGACUGAAAUAACGUAUCUCACAGUUGUAUAUACACCAUAAGGCGGGAAAUGAUUUCUAGUGUGUGCAUUUGUAUGUCGUUAGCAUUUCUUAUUCUGUGCAUUGUUUUUAAAUAAGAUGUUCUAUUUUAAAUUAUAUAAAUUGACUGAUAAAUAGGAAAGUCAAUGCUAUAUAUUAUGGGUUAUAUAUUUCUUCUGCAUUCCAGUGAGUUCCUUCUUGUGAAACCUAUAGAGCAGGAAGGGAUCACACUUCAGUUAAGGUAAGCAAGAUGGGCAGGAAUAAUGAGCUGAAGCAAGUGCCAUCACUGCUUUGUGCACUGGCGCACACUUUGGAAAGAGUUUUUAAAUGUUUUCUCUUGUUCUAAUGUAGUCAAUGGCACUAAUUAUAAAGCUAUCGGUCAUUCCAUUAGAGUCUCAAAGACUAUUCUGUGUAUCACUGUGACUGCCCUGUGUGCUUAGAAAUAUAGAAUCGUCAGUGGGAUAGUAACAAGUUUAUUCAAUAGUAAUUUUUGAUUCUGAUGUGUGAACUUAUCUGUUUUAAUUUCUUGCCUGGAUAAUCAUUCCUUUCUGCAGCCUGUCAGGUUCGCUGCAUAGCACCAUCACGUCCCCCCCAACUGAUGCCCCAAGUUCCAUUCAGACAAUGGGGACCAACACAGCACUGAGGGCUGGGGGUGGGGGCGGAAUCGGGGGGUGCUUUGCAGGAGAGCUAGAUCUCAGAUUCCAGGGAAACAGCAGAAACUGAUGAAAUCACAAACAGCAUUGUUUUCGAGCACUGUGCAAUGAUAAACAACAAGAAAAACAAACAUUGUGAAAUGGUGUUCUCCAAUCAAUGGGCGGUCGCGCCUGGAAAGUAAAACCGAGCCAGUCGCGUCGACAGCUUUAGUCAUUUAACUGUUAGUAUAAACUUAGCUCAGGAUUUUAACAAAGUCACGCAACGAGCACAUUGCGUCAGAAACUGCCACUAAGAUGGUAAUGUGCGGGUUUAAUUGACAAAGUUAAGUCAUAUCAAGAAGCAGUGAGAUAUAUAUAUAUGUAUAAAACAAAAAGAUACUGCCAAAUGAAGAAUUACGAUUCUUUCUGAGAGUCACAACUUGAGUACAGCCAUAACCAGACGGUGCCCCUCCUCCCUUUGUACUUACUUAGUCAAGAAUAUCUAAACCUGCCGUGAGACGGAACACCGUAGUUAAAUGCUAAUCUUUAUGAUAAUAAAGUGUAAAAAAGCAUUAGCAUCAGAUGUUGUAGAAUGAUAACUAGUUGCCUUUGUGUCUGAUCACUUACAUGACCUAUCCUGCUUGAAUGCUUGAUGUGUGUCAUCGAUGUAUUGCAGUGUUCCUGCUGUCAUGUUGCUCGUGUGGCUGCGAGCUCUGUGAACUUUCACACUGGGUGAAAUAUUUCUCUCUUUCUCUCACUCUCUCACUCUCUGAUUUGAGUUCAAUUUGUGCAGUGAAUGACAUUGUGAGGUUCCUGAUGUUUAUAUGACUUAAUAUUCCUCUGGUGUUCAAGAAACCGUUUUAUUUCUGAUUGAUGUUUUAAAUGACUGUAAAAUUAUGUGUGUUACUUACUGUUUGUUUAUAAAAAAAAUAAAAAUUGAUUACAGAUUUAAA